CCCGUUUGUCUCUCCCUCUGAAACGUCCAUUACAUUUUAUACCACUCUCACUGAAGAAAGCAAUAACACUUUUGCUUCAAUGGUGGACAAAUCGAAGAAGAGCACUAUCAGCGAAGAUGACAUGUCCGCCGUCUUGCAGAGAUACUCCUUGAACACGGUCCUCGCUUUGCUGCAAGAGGUGGAUCAAGCCGCCGCCGGAGUGAAGAUUAACUGGCGCGAGGUGGUGAAGAAUUCCGCCACUGGAAUUUCCGGCGCGCGGGAGUACCAAAUGCUGUGGCGCCACCUCACUUACGGCGAACCCCUAAUUGAUCAUCUUGACAACGAUGCUGAGCCCCUCGAUGAUGACAGUGAUUUAGAGCAUGAGGUGGAGCCUUUGCCUGCUGUCGGCCGCGAAGCUUCGGUGGAAGCUGCAGCGUGUGUUAAUGUUUUAAUUGCUUCUGGCUAUCCAAAUAAUCCUCAGCCCCCAAACAACUCCACUAUUGAGGCUCCGUUGACUAUUAAUAUACCUAACACAAAGGCUGUGUGUGCUUCUUCAGAUGACUCACAUCUUUCGGAUAUAAUAAGGGGGACGAAAAAUGUUACAAUCUCUGUUUCUGUACCAAAACAACCACUGUCUUCAGGAGUAAGUGGUGAAAAAAGGCUUAAUGAUGAGGUAACAGAAGUGAACCCGCCUUCUCGAAAAAGACGGAGGAGUUGGACUUUGGAAGAGGACACAAAACUCACUGCUUCUGUACAAAACCAUGGCGAACGAAAUUGGGAAAAUAUUGCUAGAGGGGAUUUUAAAAAUGACAGAACAGCAUCAGAGCUAUCUCACAGGUGGUACAUUCUUAGGAAAAAGCAAGGCAAUACAAAGGGUAGUACCAGCUCACAACCUCCUGAAACUCAACUUGCAGCUGCACAUCGAGCCAUGAACCUAGCUUUAGAUAGGCCUAUGAGCGACAACUUGAAGUCUGUUUCCCACAAGGCUGCUGCUGGAAUAAAAGUUCAGCAUCAACCUCCAAAAGCCUCUGCAUCACCAGCAGAUCAACCAUUUCCCAGAGUAGGGCCUUCAAAACCCCAGAUGCUGGCUAGUCGGCCUUCUGUGAACCCAAUAUCUGACACAGACUCAAUGAUCAAAGCUGCUGCAGUUGCUGCUGGGGCUCGCAUAGCUACUCCUACAGAUGCUUCUUCACUAAUUGAGGCUGCACGAUCUCAAAAUGUUGUGCAUAUCACAACCGGAAGCAUUGGCCAUCAACUUCCGAGUAAUGUGCAUUUCAUUCGUAAUGGUCUUGCAAAAGCACCGAUUUCCACUUACUCUGCUCCUAAACCAAACAUAUUAGAAACUGGGGAAGCUAAGCCAGCACAAAGUCGCUCAACAAAACCCGCAGCAUCAGCAGCUCUUAGUCCCACUGGAGCUGUCCCAGUGUUGAAUGCAAUAUCUGUAAAGGAAAGUGCUGCAGUGCCUGCAUUGCCCAAUCCAUCUGCUAAACUUCCUGUAACUGCGGUUGAUGUAGUCGUAUCUACAUUAGGUAAUGAGAAAAAAGAGCUUGGUAAAAGCAAUCAACUUGCUGAUCAGGCCGGAGUCUCUGGUUGUCUUCCAGUGGAACAAGAACAUGAAAAUCGACCAGUGGCGUCGGGCAAUCAGUCGGAAGAAGUUGGAAAUAGUCAACCUUCCUCUUCUGGUAAUGCACUGCAAGAAAACACAGGGGGAGAUAAAGCUUCUGACUCCGUGUCUGAACCAGUCAGUCGAGCAACAAGUGAUGGAAUAGCUUUACCUUCCUUAGAAGUAGAACAAGCAGGUAAAACAAAUAUUGAUGGCCAAUUGACAAGCGAAGGAACUGCUGAGGAUACGAGUAUAAUUGAAACGAGUGAAGAUUUACCCAGCACAAGCAAGAAUGGCGCUGCCAUAUGAAGCAUGCAGCAGCUUAAUAAAGUGAUCUUCACUUAACUAACUUUGUUUUGAGCCUUAAUUUCCUGAUUUCUAGUAUAUUACUGCAGAGGAAGUUCAUUGCAGUCUGGAUGCUGAUAUUUCAAAGUACUUUCGAGAAGAAAAACGCGACAGAGAUUGUUGAUGGAAUGACGCUCAAGUACUGCACAGCUAACUUGCAAUGAAAGAGUCUUGAAGUCCGUUUACAGGGCAAGUGUUUUUACCUUUUUUACAUGAAUUCCUUCGUGGAAGGAAACAAGUAACAUUAGUAAAUAUGAACGUUGUCUCUGUGCAUGCUGGAUUUUGUGACCUUUCAUUUGAAAUUUAUUUCUUUUUGAGUA